AUUUGCUGUUCACUGUACCUCAGUACACUUGACCAGAGAUCCUCUGCUGCAGGAUCUAUGCACUUGACAAUAAUAAAGCGCUGUUGCUCCACCCUCUUGCUGCAUUGAGUCUCGGCCAUGGAGGAGGCGGAGGGCCGGUGUUGCGCCGUGCUGGGUUGCACCAACAGCGGCGGCGGCCUGAGCGAGUGGCGGGCGGCCGAGUGUGAGCGGCACCGGCCUCUGCUCCGCGCCGACUGCCCGUGCCUCGAACCCUUCUGCUUCUACGGCUUCCCGAGCGGCGCCGAGGAGCGGGGCCACUGGCUGCAGGCGCUGCGGGGCCGCGGGCUGGAGCUGGAGGCCGGGGCCGGGGCCGGGGCCGCCGUCUGCUCGCUUCACCUGGAGGAAGGGACGCUGCUCCUGGGCCUCGGCCUGUGCAAGAAGCCUGCCGCCGGCCAAGUGGCGCCUCCGCCGGCCUCUCCAACAACAACAACGGUGGAGACGCGCUCGUCCCGGGCCCGCAAGCGGAGACACCCCGGCCCGCGGCCUUGGUUGCACCAGGAGCCGGCCGGCCGCUGCCGCCGCCGCCACCCCCGCCCCUCCUCGCUCCUGGGAGCAGGCGGCCGUCCAGGCCAUCAUGCGGCUCCGCUGCGCCUCCAGCCAGCGGGUCGCCCGGGCCCUCAUCGCCUGCCUGAAGGGGGAGAACGACCACCUGAGGCAGCGGAGCCGACAACUGGAGGCCGCGCUCGGCACCACGGCCCGGCAGCUGGAGCGGCUGCAACGCGAGUGUCGGUGUCGGGGGCGACCGAGUCCCGAGGCCCGGGCGCCGCAUGAAGCCGGGGAGUCGCCUGAACUGGUGCCGAGCAGCGAGAGAACCCCGUUCCCUCGCUCCCCAGUCUUCAGCGGAGAGAGCAGGUGCAGGGACAGUGUUGGCUUGGGACUGACUAGAUCAUCUUCCAGGGAGAGCAGCAAAAUGGGUGAAUACAUAGAAAAUAUGUGCAGGAGUGGGCCAUUCGAGCCAGCAUCGCCAUUCAAUAUGAUCAUCAUGGCUAAUCAUCCAGAAUCAGUACCCCGUUCCUGCUUUCUCUAGAAUAAGAGACUACAAUCCUUCAGCUGAUGACUGCAGAUUUUCAGGACAGUUGUGCUUUGCUGGACACUUGAAGGAGUCUUGCUGGUCUGAUGGAUCGUGUAGUGCUCAGCAGAACACUUGAUGUACCACUCUUUUUGCCAGCUGAGAUUGGAUUCUUUGCUGUGACUGAACCCUCUCACUUCUAUAAAAUGCCCGCCUGGCUUUGAACAGGUGCUUUAAGAUGUGUUCUUUGAAUGUUACCUGUUGAUUAGUCUGUGGGAAAUGCUGAACUAUAAAAGGUCAGAAUUAUCAGUAACUUCUGACAUCUGGGACAUACAUACUUUCCGGGUCUGACUAUGUCAGUUUAGUUUGUAUUAGAUAGGUGAUUCUACUAAGGGAUGAGUAGGGUUUCAGUGUUGGCACAAGUUUAUCACAAUAGCCAGUCCACUAGGAAAGCAACUUAUUCUUAUGUGGGAUACUGGAUGUUAUAGAAAGAUUGAAUGUCCAAUCCUCACAUGUUAUAUUGUUUUAAAAAGGGUGCUGUGCAAUGCUGUUAGUUCAAACAUGCUCUCUUGCAGUUCCACAAUCAGUACCGAUUAUUGCUGGACAUUUGAGAAUUCAAAUUAUAUUGUACCAACUGUGACUAAAUUUAUAGUUUUAGUUUAGUUAUAGUUUAGCAAACUGCUGGGGGAACUCAGGUGGUCAGGCAGCAUCUGCGGGGGGAAAUGGAUAGAUGGUUCUGGUUGGGACACUUCAGAUCAGAAACAACUGUUCAUUUCCAUCUACAGAUGUCUGACUGGCUGAUUUCCUCCAGCAUUUUUGUUAUUUGCUCAAGAUGGCAGUAUCUGCAGUCUUUUGCCUUCACUAAAUUUAAUUUACUGGCGAAUACCACUAGAAAAUAUCCUAACAAGUUCAGUUUAGGGAAGACAGCUAUUAUAGUCAAGCCUUUAACUCCCAUCCAAAUCCUAGUGCUGUAUUGUAAAUUUAAGCAAUUGUACUUGUCUUGCGAGACGUUAAAUAAUGUUCCAGUGCAUUCCUCACCCCCCCCCCCCCCCCCCCCCCACCCGAAGAAAAGAUUGAGGUACCAAAUCCACACCAUUACUGCAGUAUACUUUUCAUGGUUCCGAUUCUACCGUUACUCUGAAAUCUUAGUGACAACACUAGUACAUUUUGUGAUGUACUUUUUUUUUGGCUUAGUGUAUUGAAAUCCUGAUAUCCAUGCACUGUAACACAUUAUCAAAAUGUUCUAAUCGGACAGACUGGGAAUUAUUCAGCUUUCUUCAAAAUUUGACAAAAUGGGUUCUUGCAAAUGUCAGAUUUUCUUUCUCCUGUGCUGUGGGAUUUGAGCAGCUAUGCCUGUGUAGGUGUCUGCUGAGAUUAUUAAUGAUGAGAUGGUGGAAUAAUCUACAUACAACAAGUACAAUUGAAAUACUUCAGUAAAUAAAGUUGUAAAGCAAACUUUAGCAGUCUUUGGGAGGAAUGUUUAAACUAGUUAUCUGCUAAAGUUACUGUACAAUAAGUUGUAAAAUUCAAUUCAAAUUAUAUUUUUUAAAGGUUUCUGCAGCAAUGAGACCUCAUUAAAUGUGUGCUAUAAAUUUUUUUGUGUCAGCCUCUAUAAAAUAUCAGCACCUGAGUUUAGAGACAGAGCGUGGAAACAGGCCCUUUGGCCCAGCGAGUCCUCUGACUAGUGAUCACCUGUUCACACCAGUGACCCUAUAGCCUAGGAACAAUUUAGAGAUCAAUUAACCGACAAUCUGUGCGUCUUUGGGUUGUGGGAGAAAACUGCAACACCCGACCCGGAGGAAUCCCAUGCGUUCACAGGGGGAACAAACAUAUAAGAUUGUUAAGAGCUUGGACACGCUAGAGGCGGGAAACAUGUGCCCUAUGUUGGGGGAGUCCAGAACCAGGGGCCACAGUUUUAGAAUAAGGAGUAAGCCAUUUAGAACGGAGACGAGGAAACACUUUUUCUCACAGAGGGUGGUGAGUGUGGAAUUCUCUGGCUCAGAGGGCAGUGGAGGUAGGUUCUCUGGAUGCUUUCAAGAGAGCUGGAUAGGGCUCUUAAAAAAUAGCGGAGUCAGGGGAAGGCAGGAACGGGCACUGAUGGGGGAUGAUCAGCCAUGAUCACAUUGAAUGGCGGUGCUGGAUUGAAGGGCCAAAUGGCCUACUCCUGCACCUAUUGUCUAUUGUCAAACUACAGGCAGCACCGCCUGGGGUCAGGAUCGAACCCAGGUCUUUGGCAGUGUAAGGGUGUAACUCUUACCAGCUGCGCUACUGUACCGUCCCUCUUAUGGAACUAGUUUGUUUUUUUAACUCCCCCAAUCAUGAGUGACUUUUGCAGGAAAAUUCAAUGUUAGCCAGGGGCAGAAGUGGGAGCCCAAUGAUCAAAACCAAUUCAAUAAUUGCUUCCACAAGGAAUGA